AUGCCUUCAUCCACAGAGACGCCGGCUUCGGCUGUCCGAGUGCUCCCUCUCACGCCCUUCACACCCGACCUCUACGAGCGCGCGUGGUGCUCCGUACCCCAUCCGACCCUCCCUCUCAUCGCGACCGCCUACGGCAAAUCAGUCAGGAUCUUUUCCCUGUCCUCCCUCUCCUCCCACAGCAUCCUGACCGGCGGCCAUACGCGAUCCAUCCGCUCGGUGGCCUGGAAGCCCAACCUCCCUCCCCACCAGCUGUGCCUCGUCACCGGCAGCUUCGACUCCACAGCCGGCCUCUGGCGCUGGGACGGCGAGCUCCCCUUCGCGGGCGGCGACGCAGCCUCCUCGGCCGCGGAGCCUCUCGAGAUCGACCUCAGCGGCGCGGCGAAACGGCGCCCCCGCGGUGACGCGGAUAGCGACGGCGACAAGGACUGGGAGUUCACGCUGGUCCUCGAGGGUCACGACUCGGAGAUUAAGGGCGUUUCCUUCGCCCCCUCGGGCGCCUACCUCGCCACCUGCAGCAGAGACCAGACCGUUUGGGUCUGGGAGGACGUGGGCGUCACCGAGGGUGACGACGAGUGGGAGACGGUCGCCGUCCUGAACGAGCACAACGGCGACAUGAAGGGCAUUGCGUGGUGCCCCGACGUGCCUGGCCGCAACUCGCGGAGGCGCUACAGCGCUGACGUCCUCGCGAGCGCGAGCUACGACAACACGAUCCGCAUAUGGCGUGAGGACGGCGACGGCGAAUGGGUGUGCGUCGCGGUGCUCGAGGGCCACGACGCCACCGUCUGGGGUGUGCAGUGGGAGCAGAAGCCGAGGGACGACGGCGGCUUCCCGCGGCUGCUCAGUUAUUCGGCUGACCAGACGAUACGGAUAUGGAGCCUGCAGGCCGAGGACGAGGACGAGGACGACGGGCCCGGCGCCGCCUUCCGCGGCGGGCUGGGCGGCAUCCCCAACACGAUGCGGAGGUCGCUGCGCGAGGACUGGGUUUGCACCGCCGUCCUGCCCAAGGCCCACACCCGCGACAUCUACUCGGCCACCUGGAGCGCCACCUCGGGAAUGGUGGCCAGCACCGGGAGCGACAGCGUCAUCGCGGUCUACCGCGAGGACGACGCGGACGGCACGGGACCCGAGGCAUCGGCGGAUACGGGGGCGACUGCUACCACCGGGGACGGCGCGGUGGCCACCCCAAGGAAGCCCGGCGAGCUGCCGGCGGGGUCGGGUCGGUGGCACGUCGUCGCCGAGGUGCCCAACGCCCACGGCCCAUACGAGAUCAACCACAUCACCUGGUGCAAGAGGUACGACGCGGGGUCGGAGAACAAGGGUGUCGAGGAGAUGCUCGUCACCACGGGGGACGAGGGGCUCGUCAAGCCUUGGCAGGUGAUGGUGUCAUGA